AUGGUUGGAAGUUCAGUCAGUGAUGAUUGGGAAUUUAUUGGAAAUGGAGCUCGGACACUAAUUCUGGUUGGGCGUACAGGUGACGGGAGAAGUGCCACGGGCAAUAGCAUUCUUGGAAGAAAGGCAUUCAGGUCGAUGCCUAGCUUUAGUGGUGUUACAAGAACUUGUGAAAUUCAGAGGACUGAAUUAGAAGAUGGACAGAUUCUUGAUGUGAUUGAUACCCCUGGAUUUGAUUUAACAGCUAAGUCUGAAUCAGUUGGAAAUGAAAUUGUUAGAGGCAUUGAUUUGGCCAAUGAUGGCAUCCAUGCUGUUCUUUUGGUUUUGUCUGUACGAACUCGCUUUUCAAAAGAAGAACAAGCUGCUAUCCAGUACUUUAGGGAGUUCUUUGGGGACAAAAUUAGUGAUUAUAUGAUUGUCGUCUUCACUGGAGGGGAUGAGGUUGAAGACAAUGAGACUUUGAAUGAUCACUUAGAUCGUUCGUGCCCUGAGCCUUUAAAGGAAGUUUUUAAGCUGUGUGGAAACAGACAUGUGCUAUUCGACAAUAAGACUAAAGAUCCAAUGAAGAAAGCUGAUCAAUUGAGGAUACUUCUUUUCCAUGUGAAUACCGUUGCACAAAAGACUGGUGGUAAACCAUAUACAAAGGACUUGUUCAAGGAAGUAAAUAAGAUGGAACUUCAUAAUGACAAGUUGGAGGCAAAUUCUUCGCCGGGAAAUAUAAAGCAAGAGAUAACUGAGUUGAAGGAACAACUGCAGAGGUGGUCUUGCGAGGAGCAACAUUUGCUAAUAGCUGAAAUGGUCGAAUCUAUGUUGAUAGAGAUCAUGCAUAGUGUUGAAAAGCAUUUGGGGGCAGAAAAAAAUGCGGAGAUCAACAAUCAAUUAUUUAGAGAUAUCUUGGAGAAGAAAGCUCAAAGGGAGAGUAAGGCGCUCAGCCUCAAAGCAUAUUGUAAAGUUCUGACUUUUGUCUUCUGGUUUUGUUUGAUGGAUAAGUUAGGGAGACGUCGUUCAUACAGCUGCUGCAAAUGUUCUAAGAUGUUUCAGGCAAGUAGUGGCAAAGCUUUCCUUUUUUCUCUCGUGAAGAAUAUUGUUCUAGGAACCAAAGAAGAUAGACAUCUUAUUACUGGUCUUCACACAGUUGCUGACAUACACUGUGAGAAAUGCAAUGAGGUAUUGGGUUGGAAGUAUGAACGAGCUUUUGAGCCAGUGCAGAAGUACAAGGAAGGGAAAUUCCUUUCACUCUCGACUUUCCUACAGAACUAUAACAAUGUCUGGUCACUUUCGUUUAGCGUAAUAACAUCCAUUGUUUCUUAUAAUUAA